UUGACUAAUUUCAGCUUUAAAGUUUACCAUGUGUGUUUCGUAAAUUCCAUUAAUACACACACCAAUUGCAUAAAUCUUAAAAUGUUUUUUUCUCGCUCUUUACCGAUAUUUAGGAAAAUUUCCGCAGGCGAAUACUGUUUAAGAAUUUUAUUACGAAAAACACAUGCCUUGCCAAAAGCCUUGCGUCCCAUCAAAACAAAAUCGACUCGAAAAGAGCCAAUAUUCUUUGUGGAUUCAAAACAAGUUAAUGUAAUCGGAGGGAAAGGUGGAGAUGGAUGUAUAUCUUUUUUGCAAGUUUGGUGUAAUGAACGAGCUGGUCCUGAUGGCGGGGACGGUGGAAAUGGUGGACACGUUAUUUUCCAAUCAACUACAGAUGUGCGAAAUUUUAAUCAUAUACUUAGUACUUUGCGUGGAGUAUCAGGAGAAAAUGGAAGUAGCGAAAACUGUCAUGGCAAGAAUGCUCAGCAUACUAUUGUAAAAGUACCAAUUGGAACCGUGGUGCGAAAUAAAUUGGGUUGUGUGGUGGGGGAUUUAAGUGAAGUAAAUUUAAUGUUUGUUGCAGCGCGUGGAGGCGUGGGUGGAAAAGGAAAUCGGUUCUUUGCGACCGCAGUCCAAAAAUCACCGAAGAUUUGCGAGUAUGGACCACAAGGUGAAGAAGCAACAUACAUUUUGGAGUUGCGAACUAUGGCGGAUGUUGGGUUUAUUGGGCAUCCAAAUGCUGGUAAAAGUUCUUUGCUAAAUGCAAUUACCCGAGCGAAGCCCAAGGUUGCACCCUACCCUUUCACGACUCUGCGACCAUACGUUGGAAUGGUGCAGUAUGAGGACUUCACUCAAUUGACAGUGGCUGAUUUGCCUGGAUUAAUACCCGGCUCGCAUCUUAAUAGAGGACUUGGUAUACAAUUCCUUAAACAUGCAGAGCGUUGUAAGGUUUUACUUAUUGUUCUAGAUGCUAGUUUGGAAGAAUCCCAUCUUCAUUAUGAACAAUUAUUGCAUGAAUUAAGACAAUUUAGCCCUACUUUGGCAGAGCGACCUAAAAUAGUGGUUGCAAAUAAGAUGGAUUUACCAGAAGCCAAGGAGAACUAUUUAGAUUUACAAAAAAAACUUGCUAUGAAACUGAUUCCAAUCAGUGCGAAAACAGGCGAAAAUCUCUGCCAGUUAUUAUCUAUUAUUCGCGAGUAUUAUGAACGACAUAAGCCAAAUAAAUUACGAAAUGAUUUGUAACUCUUUUGGUUUAUA